GUUGAUCCUUAUGUCAAUACGAAGUGACAACCUAACCGUCAACAUGUUCAAGUCCUUCUUGGUGCUGUUCGUCGCUGUGCUGCUGAUUAGCGGUAGCCAUCAGGCACCGCAGUCGUCAUCUUCAGGUACCAGUACUGGUGGAAAUGCAGGAGGAGGAGCCCAGGCCGGCGCAGGAUUCAGCUUUGGCGCCGGGGUAGGAGGCAACGCCGGAGCGGGCGCGGGUGCGGGCGGCUCGGGCUGAUUUUGAUAACUAUAUGGAACAAGAGAUAUUCCUAAAAUAUCUACAUAAUUCUACAUCACUCGAAAUACUUAUUAAUAAGCACUCUUCAGCAUCGGUGUGAUUGUACAAUUAAACUUAACAAUAUA